GCUAUUGGUUCUGACGAGAUGUUUCAAACCAUUAUUAAAAACUACUGGGUCCCCUUGAAGCCCUACUAUACCCAGGUUUACCAAGAGAUUUGGGUAGAAAUGGGAUUGAUGAGCUUCAUUGCUUAUAAAAUCAGGAGUGCUGAUAAAAGAAGUAAAGCUUGGAAAGGUUCAAGUCCCGCACCUGCUCAUGGUCAUCAUUAGCCAGCUUGCUUG